AUGAAUUACUCGAGGCUUAGCUCAGUUCUGCGUGUCUGUGAACCUGUUUGUGUCCUCUGCUUUCAGGCGCUCUACUUAAUUGCGACAAACGGUAAACCGGAGAUAAAGGACGCGGAGAAGCUGAGCUCCGAGUUUCGUGACUUCCUCGACUGCUGUCUCGAAGUGGACGUUGAGAAAAGGGCAACUGCUCACAACCUUCUCAAGGUGAGAAUUUUAAUUUGA